CUCCGCUGCCGCUGCCGCCGCCGCCGUCGUCGCCGCCACCUCAAGCGGCGGCUCGCCUGUUUCCCGCGCUCCGGUCACGCUCCAUCUCGCGCGCUCCGCUCCAGCGAAGGACGGCGCGUAUGCGUCGGAUUCGCCGCGUUACGUAGUGUUUCUCUGGAUUUCGCCGGCGAUUAGAGGCUCUGUUUUCCUAAGCUUUUUCCUUCCCUUCUGGCUUGCGGUAAGUGCGCCUGUAAUGCGCGCGGUUCCGAGCUCGGCCUCCGCGUCGUGGACACGGCAUUGCGUGCGUGAAGAUUCGAGCCGCGCGGCCAGCUCCUCGUUGUAUGCUUAGCUAAGUCAACCCCCCGCCCGCCCGCCCGAGCCGCGCGGGGUAGCUCGGGGGAACCGGAGGCCGCCAUGGAGGCCGGGAAUCGGUGCCGGAUCGGCGAAUCGGAGCCGAGGAGUUACUAUAUGCAGAAGUUCAGGCUCUACGAGACUCGCUCGAGAUUUUACAUGAUCGGGAGAGACAAAAGCAGGAGUUUCUGGCGAGUUUUGAAGAUCGACAGAGAAGGCGCCUCCGACCUUAACGUCGUCGAGGAUUCCGCGACCUAUACGGAGAAGGAGUGUUGGGAGCUGCGGAAACGGAUACACGACGGGAACCUGAAAACGGGCGGCCUUAAAUUCGUCACCACUUGUUAUGGAAUCAUUGGUUUCAUCAAGUUCUUGGGACCCUACUACAUGCUGCUCAUAACGAAGAGGAAGAAGAUUGGCGCCGUCUAUGGCCACACGAUAUAUGCUAUUGCCAAGAGUGAAAUGCUUCCAAUUCCAAAUUCUACUAUUCAGUCCAGUAUGGCUGUUUCUAAGGAUGAGAACAGAUACAAGAAGCUCCUCUGCACGAUGGAUCUCAGGAAGGACUUCUUUUUCAGCUACUCAUAUCAUGUUAUGUGUAGCCUUCAGAAGAACUUUGGUGACCUCGAGAGUCAGCGGAACUUGUAUGAGACCAUGUUUGUGUGGAAUGAGUAUCUAACGCGUGAUAUUCGGAAUAACCUCAAGAACACUUUAUGGACAGUCGCAUUGGUAUAUGGUUUCUUUAAGCAGGUUAAACUUUCAGUGUUGGGCAGGGGGUUUUUGUUGACUCUAAUUGCCAGACGCUCACGCCAUUAUGCAGGCACCAGAUAUCUAAAAAGGGGUGUUAAUGAGAGGGGUAAAGUAGCCAACGAUGUGGAGACGGAACAAAUUGUUGAAGAUCUUCCUGGAGGGUGCCCAAUUCAAAUAAGCUCUGUCAUUCAAAACCGGGGCUCUAUCCCCCUUUUCUGGUCCCAGGAAACUUCAAGAUUAAAUCUCAAGCCUGACAUUAUUUUAUCAAAGAAGGAUCACAAGUAUGAAGCAACAAGACUUCAUUUUGAAAACCUUGCCAUGAGAUAUGGGAAUCCGAUUGUAAUAUUAAACUUGAUCAAGACGUAUGAAAAAAAGCCUCGAGAAACCGUUCUUCGUACCGAGUUCUUGAAUGCCAUCAGAUUCAUCAACAAAGGUUUGACUGAAGAGAAUCGCCUGAAGUUUCUACAGUUGGAUCUACAUAAGCACUCAAAAAACAAAGGUACCAAUGCGUUGGCACUUCUUGGCAAGGUGGCCAAGUAUGCUCUUAACCUAACUGGCAUAUUUUAUUGGCAAGUAGCAGCAAAUUCAGAGCAGGAGGGAACAAUAAUCGCAUCAAACCUAGGGCAAGUUGAAAAGGAUGAUUGCACUUUACCAGAACUUUCCAACCGAAUUGAGGAUUCUCAGUCUCAGAGCAAGCAAACUCAAAUCGCUGGUGGCAGUGGCAGCUCUGGAGGAAAUUCCAGUCUGAAACCUCCAAUAUUACAGAAAGGGGUGCUGAGGACCAACUGCAUUGACUGCCUGGAUCGCACAAAUGUUGCCCAAUAUGCAUAUGGACUGGUUUCCUUUGGAAGGCAGCUGCAUGCAUUGGGAAUUCUAGACUCUCCCAAAAUUGAUCUUGAUAACCCUUUGGCAGAAAAUCUAAUGGAUCUCUAUGAAUCAAUGGGCGACACCCUUGCAUUGCAGUAUGGUGGUUCUGCAGCACACAACAAGAUAUUUUCUGAGCGAAGAGGUCAGUGGAAAGCCGCAACGCAGUCCCAGGAGUUUUUCAGAACUGUACAGCGGUAUUACAGCAAUGCCUAUGUGGACGCCGAGAAACAAGCUGCCAUUAAUGUGUUUUUGGGAUAUUUUCAGCCCCAACCGGGUGAACCUUCAUUAUGGGAAGGAAGGCGCCAUCUUAACUAUGCUGACGAGAACGCUCGAUCAUUUAUGAAAAGAUCACUAUCUGCUGGAAACAUUCCCUGCGAAAGCGAUAUGCGUGUAGCAACCAAAAAUCUAAUUUACAAUCAGCCUCUCAAUGGACAAGCACAAGGAGGUAAUAAAGGUUUUUCAGAGUCUUCUCCAGAGAUCUCAGCCAGUGAAAGUGAUGACUCUAAUUACAGAUAUACCCCGACAGUUGCUUACAGGCAGCUCCCCAAUAGUAUCCAAGAGGAUGGAUGGCAAGAAAGUGAUGACAUCUGUUAUGAUGGUUAUGAUGAUGAAUGUAAUUUUACGCACUUUCUGGAUGUAGAUGGGCUAUCUUCCUCGGCAAACUCUUGCGAUGAAGAAGUUUAUGAGAGGUCAUCUAUUGCGAGUGUAUCUCUGGGAAAUUUUAUCAGUGGACCGAAAACUGAUAUGACCGGGCAUGCAAGUGCAUCUGGGAUCAAGUUGGAGAGAAAGAAACAGGCUGGGAGUGACCUCGAUGAUGGCGGCACUGUCGAGUACACUGAUGACUUCAAGCGCUGGGUGACUGAUGGCGGAGUGUUGUUCCAUUGAUGACUGCUGACAAAUUAUACAAGAACCAAACAUGACAAAACUCACAAAAUCUUCGAUCCAACCCGUCCCAAGGAUUCGGGUUUCUUGUAAAUAGGAAUAAACGGCACGUCCUUGACGAAGUGUGGAAAAAAAAAGCCGAAAUGAUUCCAUGAGAAGUAGAAGACGAUAAUUCCCUCCCUUAGAGCGGAAAUCGCGUUGGGAUCGUGUAAAUGUGCAGCAUUCAUUCGGCCGUGCAAAGUCAGUUAUAUUCGUUGAUUAAAUUCACUAGGAAGGAUAAAUUUAAGUCGCUAAAAUCUCUUUAGAGCUGCUUAGCAGGAAACAAAAAUCUCCGUAGACUGUAGAGCUCCCACUUGUAACCCAAUUUUCCCAACUCUCCUGUCCAAUUUUUGUAAAUAAUUUUUAGUCUCUUGCCCCUUGGGCUUCAAAAAUAUAGUUACAGGUUUCAUUUUUGAUUCAGUA